CUGGUUAGUUUUCACGGACCAGGAACAUAACAAAAUCAUCGUCUUUUGUCACUGUUGGCUGUAUCUUACAGAGAUUUCCUUGACGUGUCGAAGGACAAUUACCAUCUGUUAAACCUCUGAACGGUAUGCCCAAUUUAGCCAAGUGAGUGUUGGAAAACAGGAUUCUGCAUGCUUCGUCCUCUGAAGUGUAAUAUGGUCUCAUUCAUUACUUUCAUCACACGCUUCUCUGUUUAUUGCACUGCGGAAUGAGACUUCUCCAGCCUUUGCUAAUAUACUCGGGAUUUUAUUAAGAUGCUAAACGUAUUUCUUCCUGCGUUAGGGCGCCAGCAGUACACAAGUGAGUGUUGUGGAAUAGUGAUGGAUCAGAGACUUCAGAUUGGAGGAUUUUUACUGUGAAAAGAAUUGUGCCAGGGUUUUUGUGGACUUGGUGCCAACAUCCCAGUUCCUUCUCUGAAUUCAAAGGUUCUUUGGGGUUUCCUGCUUUCAUUGAAUUAUUGAUAAUCAACAGUAACAAAUUCUAAACAAUAACAUUUUUUUCGGAACUGUCUAAGGAUCAAAGGACCUCCAACAGACCAUCGAUUCCUCCGUGUUUACGUCAGUCCUUUGCUAUUAAUCCUUUGCUAUUAAGCUGACAGGUAUAGAUUUAAAGCAGAAGGUCGAAGUUAAGAGAAAACGGAGACAUUUUGGAAUUAUUUGUGAUUUCGGAGCGGAAUUAUCCUGCUAACAUGACGACACCAUUAUCAACAACGACGAUGUAUGACACCGGGUUCAACGACAGUGACCUUACGGUAUCAACGAACACCACGCCAACCGACGUUUUUUACUUUUACAAGACUGAACAGAUCAGCUUCCUGUGUGUCCUGUUCAUAUUCAUCAUUGUCGGCAACAGCAUGGUCAUCCUGACCAUCACGCUGACCAAGAAUCGCCGGUCAAGGAUGAACUUCUUCAUUCUCAAUCUGGCUAUCGCAGAUUUGUCUGCCGGACUGGUGAAUGUUUUCACAGACAUGAUCUGGAAGACGACAAUUGACUGGCAUGCUGGACUUGUUGGCUGUAAGCUGGUGAGAUACUUCAUGGGCGUGGUCACUUACGCAUCAACGUACGCACUCGUAGCCCUCAGCAUCGACCGGCUCGACGCAAUCGCAAGACCACUCAGUUUCACUGGAAGCCAUCUCCGAUCACGAGUCCUGGUUGGUCUGUCGUGGGCCUCCGCUAUGCUGUUCUCCCUCCCUAUGCUGAUCAUCAACGAAACUAAAAUCAUAAACGGAAGUUGCCAAUGUUGGAUUGAAUUUCCACAACCCUGGUUUUGGAAGCUCUACAUCACGACAAUUGCUAUCGUCCUCUUCUUCAUCCCCGCCGUCAUCAUCGCAGUGUGUUACAUCAUCAUCGUCGUCAUCAUAUGGACUAAAACAACGCUACAAGUCUCUGCACCAAAAGGCAAGCACCGAUAUAUUAAAAAUGGAGGCCACGUGUAUGCUGCAGCCAAUAACGCACGUUUUAAGGACAGUGCCACCAGUUCCAGGGGACUUAUUCCAAAAGCAAAGAUCAAAACCAUCAAGAUGACCUUAGUGAUUGUGCUCGUAUUCAUCAUCUGCUGGAGCCCCUACUUUGUGUUUGAUCUCGUCGAUGUCUACCUCAAUGUACCGAGGACACAAGACAUGGUGGCCGCCAGCACAUUUAUUCAGAGCCUCGCUCCCCUCAACAGCGCUGCCAAUCCAAUAAUUUACUUUGGUUUCAACGCCAAAAUGUGCAUAGGGAUCUUAAAGAAAGGUUGGAAGCACAAUUCGCCAACGUCUCAAUCACAGCUCACAAGUAUAUGACCUUUCGACCUUGACCUGCAUUGACAGAAAAGGGGGCCAUGGCAUACUGCCACAAUACUGUCACUCAAUGCCGAAUGUUACGCAUUUACAACAAGGGACACCAGUGAUUUCAAUGGAUAUUGAAAACGGCCCCUAUUUAUUAUAUUGGUGUACGUCUUGAAUUGUGUUCGUGAUCAUGACAUUAAGGUAACCUUGGUGACCACAUUUCAGUGUCAUGAAGGACGUGAUUGUUUCGUGUGAAACUCUAUCAAAGGCAGGCUGACUGCAUGCACUCCAUGAUGAAAUGCAGUGGACUUCUAAGUUACAGCAAUGAAUAUCAAUCUGGAGAAAUGAACCCGUUCGUGCG